ACGGAGCUGUAAACCCUUCAGUAGCUCUCCAAGGGGUCUCAGCCUCAGUGCGUAAAGUUGGGACGGGGCUCCGGACGCACGGCGCAGCACUCACUAUCCCACAGGCUCCAUGUGUGUCAUCUCUGCGGGAUACUUGACAAGGAUUUCUGAUAUUUUGAUAGCACUACCCUCGCGGGUCACUGACAGAUGAAAACAGUGGCGUUGUGUUGACGUGAAGGCGUUUUUCCUUGAACAGAUCAUCUGUCCCGGAGCGCAGAGGGGACAUGGGUCAGCUUUAUGGUGCGACUCUUUUACCAUUUGGCGCUAUCUGUGUUGUUUUCCUGUGGGAAUCUGCUGCCAGCUCCAUCAGGACGACGCUUUCAGUGGACACCUCGAGAGCGGAGUGUCCAGAUAGUAAGAUCCUGACAGUGGAGUAUCCCUGUGUCAGAGCAGGAGGGAAGAACAGCACUUGUUUCAGGAGGAAAUGCUGUGAAGGAUUCAGGUUUGUGAUGGGCCAGUGCAUACCUGAAAGCGUAGAUGUGUGUGCUGCAUCCCCCUGCGAGCAGCAGUGCACCGACAACUUUGGGCGAGUUGUCUGCACGUGUUACCCCGGCUAUCGCUUCGACCGAGAAAGACACCGCAACCACAAAUCGCCUUACUGUCUGGACAUUGAUGAGUGUGAGCACUCAGGAAGCAGCGUGUGUGACCACGAGUGUGUGAACACGGCGGGCAGCUUCCUGUGUCGCUGUCACACUGGCUACAUACUGGCACCGGACCAACGCUCCUGCAUCCCCGUGCACAACUUGAGUUCAUCAGGGAAGUCAGACACCUUGAUGAGCGCUGGUACUUGCUCAUUCACCUGUCAGGAUUUUAUGAACAUGAAAAACAGUUUGCUACAGCUUAAACUGAGGCUGGGCAACACACCGUCACCAAACCAGGUACCUGGCCUGGCUAAUAGCAGUGACAAGCCCUCCCUGGGGAGGGCAGGAAAAAGUUCUGACAGCCCUUGUCUUCCUGGUCUCCCCGGCCCUCCAGGAGCCCCUGGGGUACCAGGACACCCAGGAGAACCAGGAAACACAGGCGACCCGGGGGAGAGGGGCCCACCUGGUCCUCGGGGUCCACGGGGAGACAUGGGGCCCAUGGGUCCAGAGCCUGACCCGAAGCAUAUGAAGAGAGGCCGCAGGGGGCCAGUGGGACCACCUGGGGCAGCAGGAAGUCAUGGAAUAAAGGGUGACAGAGGAGCUCCAGGUCCCAGAGGUCCCCCUGGACCACCUGGCUCUUUCGACUUCCUUCUGCUCAUGAUGGCCGACAUCCGCAAUGACAUAAUUGAACUGCAGGAAAAAGUGUUUGGGGAGCGGCGCAGUAUCUCUCUGGACAGUCCUCCUCAAUCCAGCGGGGAAGUGGAUUUUGUAGAGUGGGGCUCUGGACAGGGAGAUCUCAUGCUCAAUACUUGACAUUUGACUUCCCAGUCCCAGUAAAAGACACUCAAACCCAGUGAAACAAUCACCAACCUUGACUCUUUUCUUCAUUGAUAAAGGAUUGUUGGCGGACAAAGUGCCAACAUGUAAAUAAUUCCUAAAGUCACAGCUGGGAUGAACUGGGCAAGGACCCUUGGUUUAAUUCUCAACACUGCCACAGGCCGUAAAACAGAGAGAUUCAAAGAUUACAAAAUCAGAAGUUGGACCCCAAUCUCUCUGUGAGCGCCAUCUUGCUGCCGUUCACAUGCUGUGGUGUGAGUAAGAGGUGUGCGUGCAGGACAUAGAGUGAGAAAGACACAGUGUGAGCCUUUAUGUCUGAGUCUCUGAGCUGUGCCUCUGAGCUGAACCACUUCAAACGAUGGACUUUAUCGUCUACAUCUCUUCCUGUUCCUGAGUCUGUCGAUGGAGGCUCUGCAGCCACUGACAGUUUGCCUGCAGGGCGUUGGUACAAAGACCCAGGACCCGCACUGAGUGCCUCCCCGCACCUGUCUGCAGUAUCCAGCCCACAAGUCUGAGCUCUGCAGCUUCUCUCUAGUCUGAGGCAUCUUCAGAAGCGAAUUCAUGAGAUUCAUGAGUAUGGACAAUCCCAAUGUUGUAGGCUACUGUUGGACAAAAACAGCAAUGCCUGAAGUAUUGUUGCAAUUAAACAACUUUCAAGUUCAAGUAUGAUAAAAAAAAAAAAUUUACUACAGCAAUAUGUUCAAAAUAUAAUCUAAAAGAAAUGUUACAUAUACAAGACAUCCAAUCUUCUGACAGUAACUUAAGUAACAGUAACUUAAAAUGAUAAAAUGAAUGUAUGGAAUAGUAAAGGUCAGUUUCAAAAAGCGAUUCUAUAUAUAUUUUUUUUAUAGCUCAUAUAUCAUCAGGCAAGUUGACUGUGAACAUAAAGUAUUCUGUAUUAGAAAUAUGGUCCGACGGGAGCAGUUUCAUGGGAAGUUUAGCACAUAUUUUCAUACUUACAUUCACCAGAGUUGAUCAGAAAUAUGAUGGACAUGAAGAAGGAAGGCAGCUUGAACAUUUGAAAUUUUUCAUCAAGUCAUUGCUCAAUAAAGGUUUGUCUAAAUCUAAAUUUGAACUUUUUAAAUUUAGAUUUUUUUUUUUUUUUGUCAAAGGGUCAUCAAAUUGAAAAUGGUCAAUAUUACAAACCUGACAAGGGUAAAGGUGAGUGUAUCAAAAAUAAUGUUUGUUGCUGUAGCAUAAGAAUGAUAAAAUGAGUAACUCUAGUGUCUGCAAUACAGUAACGCUUUGUUAGCAAAAUAUCAUAAAGAAAUGGAGCCACAGCAGUUCAGAACAGUCUUUGGGAAAUAUGAGUAUUUGCUUUGUUACCAAGAGUUAGAUGAGAGGAUUACUACCACUCCUAUUUCAAUAUGAAGCUUCCACCAGCUGCCAGCUAGCUAAGCUUAGCAUAAACACUGUAAACUGAGGGAAGCACUACACAAAUGAAAUAUAACACCUUAAUUAGCUUUAUUAGACAGAUUUUGUUGCCUUUGCACAGAGCUAGCUGUUUCCAGACUGUACGUUAAUGUUAAGCUAAGCUAAACAGCUGCUGGUGGUAGCGUCAUAUUUAUCGUACAGUCAUGGUGGUAUCAAGCUUCUCGUCUAACUUUUGGCUAAAGAGAAAAAGUUCAUCACUAACACGCUGUAUCUUUGUUUAAUUUGUACAAAAACCUUUAGACGAGCUCCACGGGGGCAGGAUUUUUUUUUUUUGAUUGUUUUUUUAAAUAUCUUUGGUAAUAGCUAGCCUAACUUGCCCCGUUUCCAGUACUAAGUUAAGCUAACCAUCUCCUUGCUCCACCUUCAAAUUUAAGUGACACAAAAGGGAGUGCUAUCGAUUUUCUCAUCUAAGAAAGCGAUUAAGUGUCAGUCCCUGCCUCUAAUUGCCCAAUAUAGUGUAUUUGCUGUGAUUUUGGCACCAGUUUGUUUACACUGGCUGCUUGUGUUUAUGGUUUAUGAUGUGAAUGCUGCAUAAGCAUGAGCAUAGAUCAUCCUGGUCCAGGUCACCACUAUGCAAGAGUGAGUAAAGUUGCAGUAGUUCAAUCAGAUUCACACGUCUUGCACUUUGGUGAUUGUGGAACAUUCAAACAGGAUCAGCAGCACUGUAUUUGGUUGUUUUGUCCACCGGACACAAAACUGUACUCACUGUACGGGCACUGAUGGUUCCUCAUUGUAUAGUUCAGCUGAAGUGUGCAAAGUAAAUCUGAUAUUACAGUGGUAGCAAUGAACGGCUUGAUUAGAUCAGAUCUUAUUUCUUGAUCAGGGGAAUUGUACUGGUGGCUGAAUAGGGAUGAUAACUGCAUGUUUCUCCUCCUGCCCAGGUUUUUGAAAGCACAAUUAAUGGUUUAUCAUGGUUUAAAUUGGACAAUUUAAACCAUGAUUAUCAUGAGCAGGCAACAGAGCCCCAAAGACUGAAGGUCUCAAGACAUGCUGGGAAGAUUUGUGUGUGUGUGUGCGUGUGUGUGUGCGUGUGUGUGUGCGUGUGUGUGCGCGUGUGCGUGCGUGUGUGUGUGUGUGUGUGUGAAAGCAAAACUCUUCCUCAACACUACUGUCAAAGUGCCACAGAGCAGAGACUUGCAGCACAGUUUGUACUAGUAGAUUCCUAAAUCAGAUUUUACUCAGUGCCACCAGCUGAGGGUGCUAAGUCACAGAUAAACCCCUCCAAAAAUUCAGCCUCAAGGUUGCAUCUCUUUAAAUACCAGCAAGGUGAGACAACCAUGGUCUCAGUGAUUUUCACAGCACUGCAUCCUCAUAAUUACUAUCCAUAAAUAUUCAUUGUUUCCCAAACAUGCAAGUUAUGGAAAAAAUGGAACUCAUCCUAGCAUUUAUGUGCAAGGCACAUGACCCCACUCAUUAUCUUCAGCACUGACUGUUGAACUCUAGCGUGGCUGGGUGUCAUUAUGAAAAGUGUGAGCAUCAGAGGUCAGAGGUCAAAUGCCUUGCUAUAAACAGCUGGGGGGAUAAUUAUAGGCUGCAGGCUUUCAGAAGGGGGUCUGUCUGGGCUCGUACCCACCACCGAGGAGUGUGGGUUCAGAAAAGUAAAAGAACACACAUCACGUUUGAUCUACCGUGGUUGACUUCACGCUUUCUGGCCUUUUUGGUGUUUUUGAUUCUUUGAUCCUGAUGAACAGAUCUCAAUGUGAUCUGCAAUGCUUGUGUGUGUGAGUGUGUGUGAGUGUGUGUGUGUGUGUGUGUGUGUGUGUGUGUGUGUUCGCGUGCACGUGUGCCUGUGUGUGUGUGUGUGUGUGUGUGUGUGUGUGUGUCUGCCGGUGUGUGUGUUUUUACUUGACAAGCUUCUCACCUAACAGCUCCGCCCCCUGUCGUGCGGUCACUGCUCACAGUACAGUCGUUGCCAGGGCAACCAGGAUCAGGAAAAACAACAUGAAACAAUUUAAGAACCAUGUCAGUGAGAGAAAGGCAAGAGAGUGAAAGAGAUUAUCUUAUUUCCUUCACCACUUGUCAUGCAACCAGAGGCUUUCCUCUCAACCUGUAGGGGACGGCAGAGAGGAGGUCAACAGAGUACACUCCGAAGCAAAAGGUUCACAUACCUCCUGGGACAAUAGAUCUGUCCAUCACACUAAGAUCAGCAAUGGGAGCAGAAACUGUCCUCUUGUCAGUCCUAUUACCUAUUUUUAUUGGCUUCAUUGAAUGAUAACAUGACAGAUUAAAAAAAUCAUAUAUAUGCAUAUAUACACUGUUGCCCUUAAAUUUGGAAUGAUUUUGUUUUCAGAUACAAUCCUCUGUUUAUUCCUAUUUAAAUCAUCAAUGGCAUAAAGCAUCAAUAAUCACUUUUGACCAGGUGCAAUGAUUAUAUUAUGUGUCCCGAUUACCCAGGUGAAAUGAGAUAAAUCACAUUGUCACAAUAAUUUAGUGGAAAGAGGUCAAAAAUAUUUUAUUCCAACUUUAUGAGAGACAGUGUGUAUAUAUAUAUAUAUAUAUAUAUAUAUAUAAAUGUACUGUAUGUAUGUAUGUAUAUAUAUAAAUACUGUAUAUAUCAUCCAGGCAGUUUUGGGUGUCAGACUCCACUGAUGUACUUUCAGUAGAGUUAUGUAACUAGGCUAUUUGCUGGCAUCUUUAGAUGAGAAUAAAGAUACAACAGAUAAAAUUUG